AUGUCCGAGCAACAGAAGCCCAUCACCGCAUACCCCAGCACCGAGCUCCAGCCGCAGGACCAGGAGGGCGGACCCGGCCUGGACGCCAAGCUCAAGCCGGGCGCGAACUUUACGCAGCUCGAGCACUGGACCGACGACGGCAAGCCAUACCUGAAGGAGUACGAGGGGCGCGGGCUGCUGCAGGACAAGGCGGUCCUCAUCACGGGCGGCGACUCUGGCAUUGGCCGCUCCGUGGCCGUCCUGAUGGCUCGUGAGGGCGCCGACAUCAGCAUCGUGUAUCUGCCCGAGGAGGAGGAGGAUGCCCAGUGGACCAAGGCCGCGAUUGAGAAGGCGGGCAGGAAGGCAAACCUCAUGGCGCUGAACUUGCGCGAGGAGGAGAACUGCAAGAAGGCUGUCGAGGGGCACAUGAAGGCGUUUGGAAAGCUGAGCGUGCUGGUCAACAACAGCGCCAUGCAAGAAAUCUGCGAGGACCUCCGCGACAUUGAUCUCAGCGUUGUCGAGAAGACUUACCGCACGAACAUCCUGUCCAUGUUCGCCAUGUCCAAGUACGCGCUCCAACACAUGAAGAGGGGCAGCUGCAUCAUCAACUCGUCCUCCGUCGCCGCGUACAUGGGUAACCCGCAGCUGGUCGACUACUCCUCGACCAAGGGCGCCAUCACGACGUUUACGCGUUCUCUGGCCCAGCAGCAGGCCAAGCACGGCAUCCGCAUCAACGCUGUCGCGCCUGGUAUCAUCUGGACCCCCCUUCAGCCGGCGACGAAAAACGCCCCCAAGGAAUCCAUGGACAGCCUUGGUGUCGGCCAGGCGCCGCUUAACCGCCCUGGCAUGCCCGUCGAGGUCGCGACCGCGUAUGUCUUCCUUGCCAGCCCGUUCGGUAGCUACGUCACGGGCGAGGUGAUUCACAACAGCGGAGGCAUCGAGAUGCAGGGUUAA